CAGGGGAAGAUUCCUGAUGACGGAUUACCUGGUCAGUUUGUUCGGGAAUUUAUCAGCGCUUUAGCUGGUCUUGACACAAACAACCAAGUAGCUCAUAUUGUCGGUGCGGGAGAACGGGAAGGACGUGUAACUUCAUCACUGGUCAACGAGUUGCAUAUGGGAUUAUGUCAUGGCAUGGGUCGUUCAGGCAACUUGACCGAGAGUCAACCCAAAGCACUUGGUUCUUCAAUAUUAGCUAACUUAGCAAAUUCGUUAGCAUUGGAUGCUAUAAGACACAUCGGCAUCCGGAAAGUUAGUGCUGCUAUCGUUGUGCCGAUGGCUACCGGAAUGGCACUGUCUCUUUGCCUUGGUUCUUGGCGGAGGUGUAAACCUAAUGCGAAGUACGUCGUUUUUUUGAGGAUUGAUCAGAAAUCGGGCUUCAAAUCAAUAUUUGUUCCUGGAUUAGAACCUAUUAUACUGGACUCCAUUUUUGAAGGAGAUAGUUUAAUCACUGAUGUACAAACCCUACGCAAAGUGCUUCAGGAAAAGCCAGAUGAAAUAUUGGCUGUAUUGAGCACAACAUCUUGUUUUGCUCCUCGAGCUCCAGACAGCUUAAAUGUAAUUGGAAAUUUAUGUCACGAAUUUGGAAUUCGACAUCUUGUCAAUAAUGCUUAUGGACUGCAGUCACAUAAAUGUAGUGCUGGAAAAAUUGAUGCUUUUGUACAGUCCCUGGACAAAAACUUCUUAGUACCUGUAGGUGGUUCAGUUGUAGCCGGAUUUGAUAAGGGUACUAUAGACGAUAUUGCUGAGUUUUAUCCAGGAAGAGCAUCUAUAGUACCAUCGCGAGACCUUGUAAUAACAUUAUUAGAAUUGGGCAAGAAUGGCUUGUACAAUUUAUAUGACAUGCAAGCUCAGCACUACCUAGUGCUUCGCAGCAAGAUGGCAGCUUUUGCUGAAAGCGUUAAACAGCGUUUACUUGAUGUCCCUUCAAAUACCAUUUCCUUAGCCAUGACGCUGAACGGCUUUCAGCCUGCCGAACAGACACUGUUUGGUUCAAUGUUAUUUGCUAGAGGAGUGACCGGCGCUCGAGUCGUUUGUAUGGGUGUCAAGAAAAAAAUUGGUGGCUUCGAAUUUGAAAACUUUGGGUCCCACUGUUCAACUACAAGAGAUGGCUACCUGAAUGUCGCUUGUGCUAUUGGUGAUCGCUUUAUUGCAAAAUUUUAA